AUGUUACAGAAAAUCGAAAAAAAUAAAGAAGAUUUAGUUGAUUUAAUUUUGAAUCCACAUGUACAUGCAAUAGAAGAUACACUGAAAGAAAUUUAUUCUGAUUGUUCUAUAGAUCGUAAAAAUCAGUUAAUUGAUGAAUUAACUUUGAUUUUUACUAAAGAUGAUAUUUUGUACAAUGCUAAAAUUCAAGCUAAGUUUCCAGAUCUAAUAAAUUUAUUAAAAGAACAAGAUCUUUACAAUAACACAUGUGUGCUUUUGAGCGAUAUUGUACGUCAUAAACCUGUUAUACAAGAUAUUUUUUAUCUUCUAAAAAUAUUUGAUUACAUAAAUUUUGAUAAUUAUAAUCCUACAAUUUCACUUAUCUUUAGUAUGUGCUAUGGAAAUAAAAAGCUGACAGAUUUUUAUUUUGAAAAAAUUUAUCAAGAGGAUAGGGACGGGAAUAAUGAUCUUAUAAAAAUAUUGGCUGAUAAUUAA